AUACACUUCGAACCAACCAGAAACCAACAUGUACUCUCUUCUAUAUAUUUCAAUACUUUAUUGAAAAGAAAAAGAAAAAAAAUACCAAGUCUGAUAGCUACGGAAAUGGACAGUGAGAGAGGGAAAGGAAUGCCGUAAGAAGAAAGGAAAGGAAAGGAGAGAGCAGUACUUACACACACAUACCACUCUGUAUAUUUAGGAGUAGUGGGAAGACCCAAAAGAAACCAAAAAGAAAGAAACAAAAACAAAGCACAAAAGAAAAGGAAAACUUUGCUUAUGCUAGCUUAUACUUAUGCUUAGUAGGAUAAAAAGACUCAUCCCAUCCUCCCCAUUCCACCCCCACAAAGUUUGUGGCAGAAAUCAAAACCUACCCAAGUUUUAGAGAGAGAAAGCCAAACCGAGACCACCCUUCUCCCCCCCCUCUCUCUCUCUAACUUCCUUGAUAUCCAUUUUAUGAUCACCCCUUUUUGCCCAGAGGAAGCAUAUAUAUAUAUAUAUAUACAUAUAUAAUCCAAGUGUUUGAUCCUUUUCUUUAUGUCUUGCCUUUUCAUCUUUAUAUGAAAGAAAAAAGAGAUGAUUAGGGAACAAGCUUAAAGUCCUUUCAAUUUCAAACUUGUUUUGUACUAGCUAUUUCAUAAACAUAUAUAUAGAGAGAGAGAGACAUAUAUAGAGAGAGAGAGCGAGAAAUGUUUGGGAAGAAAUUAGAAGAGUUUGGGGAGUGUUCUCAAAGUAUCCAUAACCUCCAAGGCUACCAAGAACAAUUGAUGUUUCAACAGAUGCAACAACAAAAUAGUAGUAUUGAUGCAUAUAUAGGCGGUGGUGGAGGAGGUGGUGGUGGUGGUAGAUCAGGAUUGACCUACCCUGAAGUGUCUCAAAUCCUACCAUGGUCACUCCCACCGGUUCACAGCUUCAAUCCGGUUCAUUUCCCUUCGAACCCGGUUCGAGACCACGACCCAUUUCUGCUUCCCCCACCACCAUCACCCUAUGGGGCCUUAUUCAACCGAAGAUCAUCUCCUGCUCUACAGUUUGCUUAUGACGGCACAUCUUCAGACCACCUCAGGCUCCUAUCCGAUACACUCGGUCACUCGGGUCAACCCGGUUCUGCUCCAUUUGUUCUCCAAGCCGAGUUGGGUAAAAUGUCUGCUCAGGAAAUCAUGGAUGCCAAAGCUCUUGCUGCCUCCAAGAGCCACAGUGAAGCUGAAAGAAGAAGAAGAGAGAGAAUCAAUAACCAUCUUGCUAAGUUGCGCAGCUUGCUACCCAGCACCACCAAAACGGACAAGGCUUCAUUGCUAGCAGAAGUGAUACAACAUGUGAAGGAGCUCAAGCGCCAGACAUCUGUGAUAGCCGAAUCGAGUCCGGUCCCGACGGAGCUCGACGAGUUAACUGUGGAUGCCUCCGACGAGGACGGUAUGUUUGUGAUCAAAGCUUCACUUUGCUGCAAAGACAGGUCUGAUCUCUUGCCUGACCUCAUCAAGACCCUCAAAUCUCUGAGACUAAGAACACUCAAAGCCGAGAUCACGACGCUCGGCGGGCGUGUCAAGAAUGUGUUGUUCAUCACCGGCGAAGAAGAUUCGAACAGCGACGAUCAACAACAGCAACAGCAACAAUUCUGCAUAAGUUCGAUACAAGAAGCACUUAAAGCAGUGAUGGAGAAAACUAACGGAGACGAGUCUUCUUCAGGGAGUAUUAAAAGACAAAGAACCAAUAUGAAUAUCCUUUAAGUAACCAGGAUCUCACUCUUCUUUUUUUUAAAUCUUUUUUGUGUGUGCUUUUUGGGUGUGUUAAUGUGUUUUAUGUAUUUUCAUGAUCAUCACUCUGAAACAUGAUAUACAUAUAUAUAUAUAUAUAUAUAUAUAGAGAGAGAGAGAGAGAGAGAGAGAGAGAGGGAGGGAGGUUGUUAAGAGAGAGAAAAGACAGGGAAGGAUCUUUUUCGUGAGGAGAGAAACCUCAUAUCAAGUCCUAAGAUAGAAAAUGUGGGCAUUGAAUGCUGUUUUGAUCCGGUUUGGACGCAAAUAUGCAGUUUGGGGAUUGUUUGUUUUGUAGUGUAGUGAUUUUCUUGUUCUAUCUCUGUGUGUAGUCAGAGUGUGGCAUUGUGUGUAAUGAUCAUAUAAGAAUGGUGGUGACGAUACAGUUCUCGUCAUAUGCUACGUCCCCACCAUUAUCAACUUCUUCCAAUCCGUACAAUGUUGGCAAAGGCUUCCAGCUCUCAGUGUCCAGUAGAGAAAGAAAAAAAAAAACAAAACAAAACAAAACCCUAGUGAGGCAUGCAAGGUCAGAGCUUGUGAUGGACUGAGAUUGUGGGAUUAUAUGUCUAUGAUAUGAUAUAUAUAACUUGAUUUUCUUCUU